AGCAUAUCUCACAACUCAAGCAGAGUUUCCUUCUAUCCCAUCAAGGCAGACGCAACGACGACCAACAGCAACGACGACGACAGCAUCAACGACAACACUGACAUCAGCAGCCAGGUGACGACCAGAUCAAGCGGCCACUCGGCGCAUUGACCCAAGUCAAGCCUCGACCACCCUUCCUCACACCUUCCCCCAACCCCCUACCUUCGCGCACGGCCAUGGGCUCGCCAAACGAAGCGCCUCUUUCGAGGCCCUCCUCUAGCCAAGGACAGAAGAUUGCGUUUGGCCUGUCAAAACGCCUCUGGACCGUCCUCGGCGGCCUCGUUGGCCUCUUCCUCCUCUCGCGGCUAGUGGGCUCUACCCCCGAAGAGUCGCCAGUCGGGCACUACACGGCGCGCACGGGCCUCCUGUCGGCUGCCGACUUCCAGAACGCGUCCCUCUCGGACCCUCCACCCUUCUCCUUCUGCCCCGUCUUCGGGCCGGGCGACACGGUCGCCGAGCGCCGCGGACAGGUGCCCCUCCUCAAGUCGCGCCUCCAUGUCGGUACCGGUGCACGCGUGCAGCGUGUGCUGCAGAAGGCGAUGGCUGGGCACCCUGUGACGAUCAGCGUGCUGGGCGGUUCAGUCUCGGCUUGCCACGGCGCUGGCGAGGACCCCAUCGCCCCCCGCUGCUGGCCCGCGCGCUUCUUCGACUGGUUCAACUCGGUCUUCCCCCACCCCCUCAACGAGCUCACCAACGGCGCUGCUCGUCGCACCGACUCGUCGUACUUUGCCUACUGCUCGGGCCACCACCUCCCAGACGACACUGACCUUGUCAUCCUCGAGUUUGACGCUUCUGACCCGAACGACGCCAAGUGGAUCGAGCACUUUGAGCUUCUUGUGCGCUCGAUCCUCGUCCGCAAGGAGCAGCCGGCUGUUAUCCUCCUCGGCCACUUUGCUCCCCAGCUCCAGGGCCAGAACGGCUAUGCCGGUCCCGAGCUCCUCCAUGAUGUCGUUGCGCAGUUCUACGACGUUCCGCAUCUCAGCAUCAAGGGCCUCCUGUACCGCGACUACAUGCUCAACCCUACUGGCACGCGCCACACGUUCUACUCUGACGCUAUCCUCGCCAACCCCACUGGCCACGAGGCCAUCUCGGACGUGCUUGUCUCGUACCUCAUGACGCAGAUCUGCUCGGGCUGGGCGACGACGCUGGGCCACGCCUUUGACGUCCCGUACAUGGGUGCGCCUGACAGCGCGCCGAGCAGCAACAACCUCCUGCCCCAGGACGAGGACCUCGAGCAGCAGGCUGGUGGACUGGCCGCCAAGCAGCGCGCCAUGCGCGUGCCGCACGCGCGUCUCUCGGACCGCCCUAGUGACAUUCUGAGCUUCCGCGAGGUCAAGCCGUUCUGCGUCAGCGCCAAUGACCUCAUCAACCCUCUGCCGCCCAACCACUUCUCGGGCUCGGGCUGGAAGGCCUUCCACCCCAAGAAGGGCGCCGACCCGGUGCACUACUGGCACUCUGACAUUGCGGGGUCGCGGAUGCGCGUUCCGAUCAACAUCAGCGCUGGCCAGGUCGCAAUCUACUACCUCCAGGGCCCUGACCGCAAGACGGCCGGCAACGCCGAGUGCUGGGUCGACGACGACUACGAGAACGCAUGGAAGCUUACCGGCUCGUCGCCAGACGUGACCGAGCCUACGGCGACGCUGACCGUCAUCAACGAGGGCGUGUCCGAGGGCAAGCACUUUGUCGAGUGCAUGCUCACGGGCGGCAAGGAGGGCGCCAAGGUGCCCGAGUUCAAGCUCCUCGGAGUCUUCGCCACGUAGUUUACAUCUGCCACAUACACACACGCCACAAACAUAGACCAGGCUCGGUAUACGGGCGUCUCGUAGUAGACGGGAUGCAUUGGGUUCUGUAG